AUACGUAUGCUAUUUAAAAAAACAAUGUCGACUUAUAACUUGUAGAUAACAAGAAGACAUCCCACUUUUUAGUGCAGUUUAUUAUAUGAAGAUUAUAAAGAGAUAAUGUGAUAAUGGGUUUAAUUACAGUUAUACAGUAUAUGCUGUCUUCACACAAAAAGUAGGAUCUAUGUUUAGAUUAUGUUCAGACUUCAGAUAUUAUUCUUCACCUCUUCAUAACUUUAUUAUUAUUUAGUGACUUGACUUAACUUAGUCUUUCUUAGAAUUUCUUUAAUUUCUUACUUAGUAAAUUUAGUAUAUUUUAGUUAGACUUAGUCUUAGUAGACCUUUAGAGACUUAACUUGGAGUUAGACUUUGACUACUUAGAGUGACCCAAGUAUUAUUUUAUUUUUUUCCAGAGACAGUAGACUCAGUAGUGAGUAGUGAUUACCAAACUUUUUAAUUUGACAGAUUGGGUGGAGAAGUUUCCCUCUGCAAUGCACCAGGAAUCGGUGUCAGAUGUAUUAAUUAUUUUUAUCUGACCUUAAAUAUGUCAUUUAAUAAAUAAUUUUUAAGUUGUGAUUAGCCAAUUUGACUGGUCUGGACUAAUAUUACUAUCUACUACUAUGUCCACUUAAUGAUGCCAGCCAUUAUUGUAAUUGUUAUCUUAACUUUAUGUAUUUUUUAUCCAGUUUCUUGUUUUAAUGUGUGGACCAGCAACAUAAGGCCAAUGUUCACGACCACUUUACAUCAUCUCUGGGAAACACUGCUCUGACUACACCUAGCUAGAUUUUACUAGAUACAUUAAUAUUAUAUCAUAGUAAAUAUAAUAAAAAAAUAUAUAGAUUUCUUCACAAACAGAAAACGUCUUUUUGUAUUGUUGAUUACUUUUCCCUAAAAUUAUAAGAGAUAAUAAUAAAGUUUAAAAGAAUAAAGCAGUAGGGUAAGGCGUAAGGCUAAUAAUUUUUAUGGUUCUAAACAAUUUACAUAUGGCUGCAGAUAGAAAAUUUUCUUUGUUUUAUUAUCUUCAAAUGAAGAAAAUAAAUAUAUAUAACUCAAUCAAAAUGUAUGUUUAAAAUAGCAAUGGUAUUUUUAAAAAUUAUAAUAAUUAUUGUUUUUAUCUUCUUUUUGAUUCAUAGGAUAAAAUAACUGGUUAAUUUGAUCAGCUUACACUUUAAUAUGAGAAAGAAAAGACGCUUAUCUACACAUCAGGAAAGCUUAUCUACAUACCGUGAGAAGGAGAUGGCAAAUGAAUCAUUAUUCCCUAUGAAGAGUAUAAUGAUGGCAGUUCUCAUUGUUGUUUUGGGAAUUUCUAUACUGAAUCAAAUCCCUGGACUAUUCCAUUCAGCCUCUGUCAAUACAGAUAUCUACUCAAUUGUAUUUGAUGCAGGCAGCACAGGCUCAAGAAUUUUUGUACUGCAUUUUGUUAAACCAAAGAAUAAAGGUAAAAUUAUAUAAUAUACCACAUAUCCCUCUGAUAUAACGUAUGGAAUUUUAUAUCCAUGCCAUAAUUUAAAAUGUUAUAGUUUUUCUGUUCAGAUCUGCAGUUUUUUUUUUAGAAAACCAAUAGUUUACAAUGUUCACUUUAAAAAAAAUUUAAUUUAAAAAAAAUAAUUUAAAGCAGCUAACUUUUUGAAUUUAAUUUUUCAGCUCCCCGAAAUGAGGGCAGCAUAAAAUUAGAUAAUGAGGUAUUCCAGUCUGUGGAACCUGGUAUUUCUGCCUAUGCCCAAAACCCUCCUGCGGUAAGUUCUUUAAAUUCUUCAAAUAAAUGCACUAAUUCAUUUACACAAAUUUGGGUUCUUAAAUUUCAGGUAGAGUAAUCAAAUUCUAAUUUUAGGGUGACAUUUUUAAAUCAAGAAUUCAUAAUGUGUUAAAAAAAAGCUUUAAAAUAAAUAUCUUGAUGUGUUAUUUUGUUUUUUUAAAACUAUAGUUGAUUGUUAUAAUCAUAUAGUUUAUUGUUAUAGUCAAAUUUAUAUAUUUUAUAGUUAUAGUCAUAUAGUUUAUAUAUUAUGUCAGCCGUUGCUAUAUGCAUAUGAAUAAAAAUGACUAAUAACUCCUUCUUCAUCUGCAGGCUGCCGAGAGUCUUUUACCCUUGUUGGAGAAAGCCUUAAAAUCAGUCCCGAAGGAGCAUCAUUCUAGCACGCAGAUUAUUUUCAAAGCCACUGCAGGACUAAGAUUACUACAGAAAGAAAAAGCAGAUGCAAUAUUACAUGAUGUAAAUUUUUUUUUUCCAUUGAUUAAAGUAACAGUUUUUUUAAAAGCUUUAAUGUGAUCACCAAAUUUAUGUUAAACUAGCACAGCCAUGAACACAUGAUUGCUGUAAUCUUAAAUUGAAUAUUUUAGAUUACAAUUCAAGAAAACAAAACUUAUAAUUUAAUUUUUUUUAAUCUCCUUUCUUAAUGUUGGGGAAAAAAUAAAUGUGUUAAAAGUUUCAAAGUGAAUAUUCUGAAACCGUUAAGCUAUUCCAAACUUUGUCUUUGUGGGUUAGUUUCAGACAAAGUCAUGAUGAUUAUGAUUUUAUUUCAUAACUUUAAAUCUGAAAACAUUCAUUCAACAUUUUUUUUUUUUAUCACUGUAGAUAAGAAUUCUAUUAAAGAGGUCUCCAUUUUACCUGCCAGAUCCUGAAAGUGUUUCAAUUAUGAGUGAAGAGGCUGAAGGUAAAAAGCAGUGGGGAAUUUCAUUAUUUAAAAUUUUAAGGACAUAUUUUAUUUUACACUUAUGCGCAUAGCCACUGGCAGUAUCCAUUUAAGUUUUUGUUGAAGAGGCUUAAAAAAUCUGUUACACCAGUGCAUUGCCGGUCUGAAGAUCUUCUGGAGGAGAUGAUUUAUUGAACCAUAUUCCAAUUAUCCUACAUGAUUUUAGAGAGAUGAGAAUUGAAGAAUUGAAGCCAAAACUAAAGGCUUAUUAAAAGCUUAACUUAGAAUAAUUUUCAAAUGUGAAUUUAUUUUUUCUUUGUUUCACAGGUGUUUUUGGUUGGGUUUCUGUUAACUUCCUUUUAGGUAAGUUGGUUAUAUUUUAUGUGUUUACGUUCCCCAGCACCACCAGCUUCCCAAUUAAACUGUUUGCCCAAAUAGGGGUUGGCAAGCUUUAGGUCAGUAGGAGCCGUUUGACAUUAUUUCAUUUUUUCUUCGAGCCACGCCAUAUGCUUUAGGGACACAAAAUUAAAACUACUAAAAUUGUAUUUUCCUUUUAUUAGUAUGCAUUCAGACACCUAAAUAGGUAUUAAGUAUUGUUAUAUAAUUUUGCCCACCCCUGGCCCAAAGCACCACCAACAAGUCCACUUUUGUAUUCUGCUGAAAGAUCAUAAAUAUUGAAAUUUUAUUAUAUCUCUGAUCCAUCUUUCAGUCCUGUCUAGCAGUUUCUUAAUAGCUGCUUGCCAAGUGUGAAAAAAACAAUUUCUUUAUUUGCUAGUGUUAUGUACCGUUGUAAGAUUAGAGAAUUUAAUCUUUUAUUUGUCUAUAUGGCUUGUUGACAAACAGUACACAACAAAAGACGAUGCCAUAAAUUAAAUACAAUAACAAAGAAAAACAAUACCCAAACUAGGGCUAGUUACAAUUAAAAAUUUUAUUAAGUUAAUAAUAAAUUACAAAAUCAAAAAGAAAUAAAAACUAAAGCUAUUGACUUACAGUAUAUUGAUGUCUUGUACCGGUACAAUGUUGAAAAAGGUACAAUAUUGAAAAAGUAACAUACACACACACGGUAAAUAAACAAAUCUUUGUUUCGUGUAGCAAAUCUCUAUCGUUAUCUUGAUAACAAAAUAUCUCUCUCCCAUCAAUCCCUCUAGAGGCGUAUAUACAGCCUGAUUCAGAGACAUUUCUAGUACGCGCUUACACAUUGUAUUCCUUUCUUGGUUAGUCUCGAUAUUUCUACAGAAUUCUAAUAAUACAGACUAUAGACUUUAUUUUUUGCAAACAAGGUCAUGGGAGACUAUUUUUAAUUAGUCACACCUUAAACACGAUACCGAACUUGGGGUCAGCUAAAGUUCAUUCAUGGGGAAAGAUGGCGUCUACACAACAGCUAGAACUCGGGCUACGCAGGUUAGGUUUUGGGGACAGAAUUAAUUUUUUAUUUAGAUAUCUUUAUUGCUUAGUAUGUUGCUGUCGGCUUUUAUUUGUUUUAUAAAUAGUUCUUUUAGAGUUUGAGUGUUGGAACAGGGAGUACUGCUUUGUAAAAGUAUGGGAUCCCUUAUCUUCACUUUGGAUCAUUCCAUUGUAUUUAAAAAUACAUUUACUUUUAUUUCUCCUUCACUCUUUCAAGAUUUUAUUUGGAAUGAAUUUUUUGACAAUUCAGUCAGCACAUUUGAUUUAGGUGGUGGCUCUGCCCAAGUGACUUUUGAGGUUGCCAGCAAGGUAAACUUGUUGUUUUGUUUAUUAAACUAAUGCUUUGGUAUUUAAACAAAUUAAAAAUGGAUAUCAAGUGAUCAAAUAAGAAAUGUAAAAAAAAAAUGUGUAUGCCUAGAGUUAGGGAACAACCUGAAGUAUUCUUUUUGGCAGAUACUAUUAUUACUACUGAUGGGGAUAUGAAUAUUUAUUUGAAAAUUAAAGUUUUAAAGAUAUCUAACAAAUUUGCAUAAUAAAAUGGUUGGAUUGGAGUUCAUUUCCCACCAAAACCCAGAAAGAAAUUAAACAUCAGCUACUUAACACGAACUUUAUAUCAACACAAUAUAACAUCAGCUAUUUAACACUAACUUUAUAUCAACACAAUGAAACAUCAGCUACUUAACACUAACUUUAUAUCAACACAAUAUAACAUUAGCUGCUUAACACUAACUUCAUAUCAACACAAUAUAACAUUAGCUAGUUAACACUAACUUUAUAUCAACACAAUAAAACAUCAGCUACUUAACACUAACUUUAUAUCAACACAAUAUAACAUUCGCUGCGCACGCAUUCUAACAUAUUUACAUCCUUCCCAAACGAUAAAUCACAACUUUUAAAUGAAAAAGCUUGUUUAAAGCCAGAGUUUCAUCCAAUUUUGAGAGUUUCCUUUCACCAAUCAAUAGUAAUUUAAAAAAAAAUCGAUUCUGAUGAUGAAGUUGAUAGCAGUUUAGAUAUUAUUAUUAAAUUAUAGAUGAUUAAUCAGUUACUUAUGCCAGCUGUUGUAUUAGUAAUACAGAUUGCUGUAUUUAAAUUAACGAAGUAAAGUCAACAUCAUCUGACCUUACAAAGUUAUUGACAUUAUCUAACAUUAUUUUUCACCGUACUGACAUGUUGAUAGUAGUUUUUUUCACUCUAUGCACUAUGUGGAUACAAAGUUUUAAAAGUUGGGGUUCACAUUAUACACCUGUUUAAGAAAUUUUUCAUUACUGGUAAACAAUAUUUUUUUAUAGCCUACUGAUGCCUAUGAAAUCAUUCGAUGAUCGAGCGUGCAUAGUAAAAGUAUCUCCAUUUAAACCAGUAAUGUUAGUAGUAUCCCUUUGAAGGGAUAUUGGCAUGGUUGUAACAUAUAACCACAGUUCAUUUUAAAUAUUAUAAUAAUUUAAAGGAUUUUGAAAUUUGUAUUAUGCUAUUAUUAAAUUAAUAUAUUGCAUUAAACGUAGGCAUAGAAUUAUACAUGGAAGAUGUUAUACACUACAUGGUAAUAUAUGGUAAAUUUUAUCAUGAAUAGUGUACAAAUAAUACUCUGAUUAGUACCUGGUUUUGCAAAUAGUAGUCCUAAAAAACUGGGAUUCGGUAACCCGUGAAAAAAUGUCUACCCAGUUGUUCCCUGCCCAAAGUAAUUUUGAUUCUGACUACUAAUUAAAUGUUCUUACAUCUCUGACAGCCCAAAUAAAAUAUUACAAGUACAUCUUUUUUAUUGCUGAAGAAUCACUAAUAUUUUAAUGUUUAAAUUUGUUUCAGGACCAUGUUGCUGAUAUUUUUGUUAAAGAUUUGUAUGCAAUAAAAUUUAAAGGCAGACGUGUACGUUACCUCUUCACACACAGGUAUUUGAGACUGGUAGUUUUAAGUUUUUGUUUUUGUUUUAUUUAUGUUUAUAUUUUAUUUUGUAAAAAGUUCUGUCAUUUAACUCAUUAUCAUGCCAAAAUGAAAUUUUAAUUUUUGAAGAAAUUUUGUUUCUUACUUUUUACAGUUACUUAGGCUUUGGGUUAAAAUCAGCCAGAUUAGGCAUUCUAGGAGGGAAGGAAGGACCUAACGGGAGCAUCACUUAUGGUAAACUUGAAAUAACACCAUUUAUAAUCUGUAACCCCUUGAAAUUCCUUAUUUCCUUGUAGAAAGUAUAAGCAUAAAUAAAUUUAGGUUAAUUUUUGUUCAAAUGUUCUUAUAAAUCCAUAAUAAGCCAUUUCAAUGUGUAUGACAACAUCCACAGACAAUCGAGUGACUGACAGAAUGGUAAAUAAUGAAGUUCAAAUAAUUAGUCCCUGUUUUUAUAAAGACAAGAGAUUGGACUUCAAUCAUUCAGAUGUCGGCUAUGAAGUAUGGUGAGUUAUUAUUAUCUGAGUUUUUAUUUUAAAAAAUAUUGAGCAAUAUGUUUGCCUGUGUUAAAGCUCAAUGUGCAAGAAAAAAUAUUUGUACUAUUUAGAAACAGGGUCCCAUUAUUGUUAGCCAACGAAAUGGUAUUUAGAAAUUAUUUCAAAAUUAUAACGCCCUGAGGCCCAAAUGUUACCACCUGUGAGUUUUAUAGGUCAAGGUUUAAAUUAGAAGCUUACCAACAAAGAACAACUACAGAGAGCAAGAGAGUGAACAUUCUUCUGACACAGCCUCGGGCCAGAACAUGGUCAAAUGGCUACUGUAUCAAGAUGAUGAUGAUGAUGAUGAUGAUGACAUUAGAAGCUUGGUUUUUAAAUUUCAUUUAAAUAAGCAAAAGUCGAAAUUGUUGUAGCUGAAGACUUUUAGGAAAUAUCUUCAUAAUUCAUCGACUUGAUCAACAAAAACCUCACUGUGGAAAAAGUUGGAAAUCAGUAUUGAAAAUGUAUUAAGUUUGGUAUGGACAUCAUCAUAAAUGUAGUAAGUUUGGUAUGGAUGUCAUUAUACGUGUAGUAAGUUUGGUAUGGACAUCAUCAUAAAUGUAGUAAGUUUGGUAUGGACAUCAUCAUAAAUGUAGUAAGUUUGGUAUGGAUGUCAUUAUACAUGUAGUAAGUUUGGUAUGGACAUCAUCAUAAAUGUAGUAAGUUUGGUAUGGACAUCAUCAUAAAUGUAGUAAGUUUGGUAUGGACAUCAUCAUAAAUGUAGUAAGUUUGGUAUGGACAUCAUCAUAAAUGUAUUAAGUUUGGUAAGGACAUCAUCAUAAAUGUAGUAAGUUUGGUAUGGACAUCAUUAUAAAUGUAGUAAGUUUGGUAUGGACAUCAUCAUAAAUGUAGUAAGUUUGGUAUGGAUGUCAUUAUACAUGUAGUAAGUUUGGUAUGGACAUCAUCAUAAAUGUAGUAAGUUUGGUAUGGACAUCAUCAUAAAUGUAGUAAGUUUGGUAUGGACAUCAUCAUAAAUGUAGUAAGUUUGGUAUGGACAUCAUCAUAAAUGUAGUAAGUUUGGUAUGGACAUCAUCAUAAAUGCAUUAAGUUUGGUAAGGACAUCAUCAUAAAUGUAGUAAGUUUGGUAUGGACAUCAUCAUAAAUGUAGUAAGUUUGGUAUGGACAUCAUCAUAAAUGUAGUAAGUUUGGUAUGGACAUCAUCAUAAAUGUAGUAAGUUUGGUAUGGACAUCAUCAUAAAUGUAGUAAGUUUGGUAUGGACAUCAUCAUAAAUGUAGUAAGUUUGGUAUGGACAUCAUCAUAAAUGUAGUAAGUUUGGUAUGGACAUCAUCAUAAAUGUAGUAAGUUUGGUAUGGACAUCAUCAUAAAUGUAGUAAGUUUGGUAUGGACAUCAUCAUAAAUGUAGUAAGUUUGGUAUGGACAUCAUCAUAAAUGUAGUAAGUUUGGUAUGGACAUCAUCAUAAAUGUAGUAAGUUUGGUAUGGACAUCAUCAUAAAUGUAGUAAGUUUGGUAUGGACGUCAUCAUAAAUGUAGUAAGUUUGGUAUGGACAUCAUCAUAAAUGUAGUAAGUUUGGUAUGGACAUCAUCAUAAAUGUAGUAAGUUUGGUAUGGAUGUCAUUAUACAUGUAGUACAUUUUGUAUGGGCAUCAUCAUAAAUGUAGUAAGUUUGGUAUGGAUGUCAUUAUACAUGUAGUACAUUUUGUAUGGGCAUCAUCAUAAAUGUAGUUCAUUUGGUAUCUCAUAAAUGUAGCAAGUUUGUAAUGGAUAUCAUCAUAACAACCACUUAUUAAAAGAUGCAAGGCAUGUUCAAGUAGCCUGAAGGUUAAAUUAACACAAAGUAAAGCAGUGGAUAUUUUGUGACAAAAGUCUUCUCCAGCAGGAACAAAUAUUUUAGAACUAGCAGAGGCACGACCUUUGGCGGUGUUGACUCUCGCGAGAUUUCAAGUUGUCAACAUGAGAACCUUUGAGAGCAGGCUGGGAAAAUUGACAUUCAGGGCUAUAUCCUUAUUUAAGAACAGGCACUAGACCAGGGCUGAACCACGGUGUGUCCAUCUUCUGACUAAAGAUGUGUCCCUAUGAACACGCAUCAUCUCAUUAAAGCUUUUCACAUCAGGGAUCGCUGGAUCCCCAUGGUCCAAAAUGUGUUUCUUCCACCCUGCACGAUCUCAGGAAAACAUCUAUCAAAAAACAAUUCACAGCACCUUUCAUAAUUACAUAUCACCACUUAUGACAAACAACGUCACAUUAUUAGUGAGGAUACAGUUUUGUAAAAAUAAUUUUUUUCUCGAUAAAUUUUGAAUAAAAUUUAUAAUAAGCCCAUUUCAAUGAACGCACUCAACUUCUUAAAAAUUCUCUUCAAAGUUAACCUCAGGCUACAGUACACCCCAACCCUGGGAGUAAAUUUUUUCUUUUUUUUUUAAAAAAAAAAGUAACAAUUUUAUAAUGAGUUUUACAUUUAAAGAUGUACUUUCAAGGGUGUCAACUAGAACUUAAUUUUUUUAAAGAGUAUCGAGUGUUAUAUUUUGUCAUCUACUUUCAGGGGUCUUAACGAGGAUAAUGAUUUACUCCCCAAGUGCAGUGAGGUGGUCAAGGAUUUUGUCAUAUCCGGUGGGUUCGUUCAGAGUCAUGAGAUCAGCGAGAGGGAGCUACAUCUCUUCUCUUACUUUUUUGACGUGGCCAGGUGGGCAAAGCUGAUUUCUUGGAACAACCACAUGGAGGUGCUCCACGUUAAAGAUUAUUUAACUGCUGCUAGAACAUGUAAGAGAUUGUUGGCAUUAAUUUACACUCCAUAAAUUUUUAGUUCAUUUUUUUUUUAAAUCAAGGCUAAAAAAGCUUUAAAUAAACUAAGCAGUUACUUUUUCUUCUAAGUUCAUAAGUUUUUUGGCUGGUGAAUGCCUAAAAAUGGCUUGGAGAAAUACAAUACAUUCUUGUCUAUGUAUUACAUCAUGGGGCAGUGUAAUAAUUCAUGAGAACAUUUGAUCUACAGGAAGUCUAUUUUAUUCAUAGGCGUGCAAGCAGAGCUUAGUAUAAACUGUUGCUACCACUGGUCAGAAAUGGUUAAAUCCCAAAUUGAUCUUAUGUUAAAUUUAAGUAAAUUAAAAGCUUUUUUGUGGAAUGUAUAUGUACAUAAACUAUAUGAUAGAGGCAGCUUGGAACAGUUGAACAUUCUAUAAAAUUGUCAUUUUUUUGAGCUGAUAAAAAAAAAAAAUUCUGUAAAUUUUCACAUACUUAAAAAAAAGUCAUAAUGCCACUGGACUGAUUGAAUUAUGCAAAUUGCUAUUUGUUUCUAGCUUGUCACAUAUUUCAUUUUUCAUUAAGAAAAUGACAAUUUUCCCCCUGUGUAUUUUCAGACUGUCAGGCUGGGGCAAUGUCUAGUAAACAUCCAUUUCUUUGCAUAGAUCUAUUAUAUGUUUACACACUUUUGACUGCAGGGAUAGGUCUGUCUCCUGACAAAGAGAUUCAUGUAAGUUAAUGAGUCUUGUCAUGAACUGGUAUUUGAGAGUGGUUGGGUUGUGAGAGUGUUUGGGUUGUGAGAGUGUUUGGGUUGUGAGAGUGGUUGGUUUGUGAGAGUGUUUGGGUUGUGAGAGUGGUUGGGUUGUGUAUGUUACAUCAUAAGUUUAAAUGGCCCUAUCGGGAACAUCUGUAAUUUUAUUGUAAUGAGACUGAUACAAAUUAAAACACCUUUAAAUAAUGUUCCCGAAAUGGCUACUCAGGUUUCAUGCAAACAAUGAACUAAAUAUUAUUUUAAUGGAUCUAGAUUAAUGCCAUUGUAACUGUCAAUGUAAACAGCUAUUAUUGACUGUUAAUAAAAAGAUGGAUUCAGUGCUUGAGUAAAAAAAAAUGGUCAUUUGAAUAGGUAAAGUUAAAAUGAUUUGCUGUCUAGUCUCUCUAAAUGGUUGAAUUGUUUUGACACUGAGAUGAAUUUUGCAGGUAGAAAAAAAGAUUUUAGGCAGAGAAGUAAGCUGGUGUCUUGGUGCUGCCCUGUCUAAAGAGUUCAACUACACAAACAUUCUGGCAGGGAGAGGGACCUAAUUGGCAUGGUAAUAGGUAAAAUCAUUGUUUAUAUCAUAGCUAAGCCUUCAGUCAUUUUAAAAAUACAUUUGUUCAGGAUUUACAUCUCUAGAUUUAAUGGACUACACCGCUGGUUCCCAGGCCAUGAAAGUGGGUCAGUUAUGUUGUGAAGAAUUAUGAUUUAAUAUACCUGUUAGUUGUGGGGCAUCUUUUAGCUGUGGGGCAUCAAAAUGUACAGAAGCCUACACUCAGGCAGUGUGCUGAUGAUAAUUCUUUUCAAUAUAAAAAAAUUGUUGCGAGGCUCCCAAAUUUGAUUUGAAACAAAAAUGAUGCCUGUAAGGCAUCAGUAGUUGUCCAAAGGAAUUUAUUCAUGUGUCUAGUUAUUUUGAUUAAUAUUAAUAUUUUACAUUUAAAUUUUUCAGAUUUAAGCAGAGCUUUGGUUUUUCCGUAAGUUUCAACAAUCUAUGUGAUGGCUCUUUAACUACACUCUAGUCCAUUGAAUAGUUUCAACAACUCUUUAUGGUCGCUCUAGUCAAUUAAUUUGGAAAUGUUACAAAAUAAAAUACAAGUCAAAUUGUAAAGUCGUUUUUGCAAUUGUUAAUAAUCAGAAUCAAAUAGUUAUCGGUAUUUCAAAAACUGCCUUAUUUGAGUUUAAGUAAAUUAUUUACUCUUCCAAAAAUUUGUCAUAAUUAUGGGAGCACUAAAUAACAAAAUGUUAAAUGAUUUAAUUUAUUUAAAAAAAUAUAUUGAUGGUACAGUAUUUUCAUAAGAUGACUGGGCAUAUAAGACAACCCCCUACUCUUUCUAUUAAAAUCUAUGGUUUGGGCUGUAUACCAGCUCAUAAGACGACCCCCCGACUUUUGAAAAGAUCUUCAUGGGUUAAAAAUUAGUCUUAUACGCCGGAAAAUACGGUAAAUGUUAUUAUUAUAGGAAAAUCGUUUUUUUUUUAAAAAGAAAAGAAUGUUACUUGUAGUCACAUCUUAUCAAAGAAAAGGUUGACAAAUUUAUAUCUUCAUUAAAACUGUAAUAUCAAUAAUACUUGUCUAGUUGACAUGGCUAACAUUUCAUAGUUCUGUCCUAAAAUUUAUAAGAGCAGUGUGGAUUUUGACUCAAUUUUAUUUCCUCCUUAAAAUGUCCCAAAUAUAUUUUAUGUUCCACGUCCAAGGGAUGAAAUUAAAGAACAUGUUUCAAAUGACCAAUGUCUUAUUUGGUUGUCCAACUUUUCAACAUUCAAUGGCGUUCUUGUUUAAAUUUUUUUUUUGAAUUGAUAUUACUUGCACAUUUUUGCAAAGCCUUUUAUAUGCAAUGAUUGAUUGCACUGUUUUUUUAUAUGGAUUUCACCUUAUACAAACAUACUUAUUACUUUUUAUUAUUUGUAUCAUGUGUUUGCUUUUACCUUUUUGUUUGUGCUUUUUUUUUUUUUUUAAACAUUACU